AUGUAUAGCGAGAUUCAUUUUUGCUUCUUCAUCGUUUUCUUUUGCUUUGACCACCUCCGAAAUCUCGCAAGGUUUGUUCUUUUCACCCUCAGAGCAAAAGGAACAGCUCCAUUAGUAGCAGCAGUUAGAGUAAUGGGUCUAAAUCUCAACCCAAUUCUGCGACAAGAACUGGCUAAUCUCGACAAAGACACAGAGAGCCGUAAAACAGCGAUGAAAGCUCUCAAAUCUUACGUCAAGGACUUAGAUUCAAAGGCUAUUCCAAGUUUCCUAGCACAAGUUUUCGAGACAAAAGAAACCAACUCCUUAUCCGGCGAAUACACAAUCUCUCUCUACGAGAUCCUCGCUCGUGUCCACGGACCAAACAUCGUUCCACAGAUCGAUAUAAUCAUGUCCACAAUCGUCAAGACUUUAGCUUCAAGCGCAGGCUCUUUCCCUCUCCAACAAGCUUGUUCCAAAGUCAUUCCAGCAAUCGCUAGAUACGGAAUUGACCCGACAACGGCUGAAGACAAGAAACGGUUUAUCAUCCACUCUCUAUGUAAGCCUCUCACAGAGUCUCUCUUGGGAUCUCAAGAGAGCCUCACUUCAGGCUCUGCAUUGUGUCUCAAGUCUCUUGUGGAUUGUGACAACUGGAGAUUCGCUUCUGAUGAGAUGGUGAACAAGGUUUGUCAAAACGUGGUCGUUGCGUUGGACUCGAACACGAACCAAACGCAUCUUCAAAUGGGUCUUGUCAUGUCACUCGCUAAGCAUAACCCUUUGAUUGUUGAAGCCUACGCGAGGCUGCUGAUACACACGGGACUGAGGAUCCUGAGGUUUGGUGUAGCUGAAGGAAACUCGCAGAAGAGGUUAUCGGCGGUGCAGAUGUUGAACUUCUUGAUGAAGUGUUUGGACUCGAGAAGCAUUUACUCUGAGGUUGAUUUGAUAAUCAAGGAGAUGGAGAAGUGUCAGUCUGAUCAAAUGGCUUAUGUUAGAGGAGCUGCUUAUGAAGCGAUGAUGACUUCGAAGAGAAUAGCUGGAGAGAUCGAGUCGAAGAUGGAGAAGAAAGGUUGUCGUUCUGUUACCGGUUCGAAUUUCAGCAGAAGAAACUUUGUCAACGCUGCUGAUUCGUCUCCUGAGUAUUCUUUGUCACCUGAGUCACAGACUCUUGGAGGCUCGUUUAGCGGAUAUGAUUCGCCGAUCUCUCAUUCUUGUUGUAGCUCUGAGUUUGAUCAGCGGAGUGUGAAUCGGAAACUAUGGAAGCUUAAUGGAGGGGUUGUUGAUAUCUCUUUGAAGGAUGGUGUUUUCUCUGGAGACAACAACACUGUGUCUGUGUCUGAUUCACCUCUUGUCCCUUAUGAUCAUUGUGAGAAUGGCGGCGAUGAAUUCGAAGGGUUUCCAAUGGGAAGUAUGAGGAACAGUCGGAUGCAAAACACUGUACAGAGAGAGCGUUGUUCACGGAUCAGUGCUGAAGAUUUCAACAUUUUCAGCACACCAAGGAAGCUAAUCAGUUCUCUUCAAGAUUCUGAUGAUCUGGAGUUGUUAGAUCAUUCAGUCAAUCAAAGUCCAGUACGUUCUCGCCAGAACAGUAAACUCAGAAAGCAAUAUCCGGCAGAAACAAUGUCGUCAUCAUCAACUGUCAUAAUUAGUGAAGAAACAGCACCUCAAACGCAGAUGCUAAUGUGUGAGAAGAAGAAGAAGAAGACGAGCUAUAUUAAACUCGUUAUGGCGAUAUGUUUUAUUGCGGUGGUGCUCUUUACAAGUGCGAUGAUGUUGAUGGAGAAUCAAGAUGAUGGUUACUACAACACUGUGCCAACAUGA